GGCCCUGGAAUAGGGGCUGUGGCGGUACACGGGGACCCAGCUGUGGUGGCUGCCAGGCUGAUGAGAAACUACUAAAGUUCCUGGGGAAGCAAAGUAGAAUUUCAUAUGAACAAAAUGGAUAGAGAGGAGAAAACCUAUGGUGGUUGUGAAGGCCCUGAUGUCAAAGCAUAUGAUAUCAGAUGAUAUGUCAAAUGCAUAUCAUCUGAUGGCCAUGAAUUUAUUGUAAGAAGAGAACAUGCAUUAACAUCAGGCAUGAUAAAAGCCAUGUUGAGUGGCCCGGGUCAAUUUGCUGAGAAUGAAAGCACUGAGGCCAAUUUUAGAGAGAUACCUUCACAUGUGCUAUCAAAAGUAUGCACGGAUUUUACAUAUAGGGUUCGCUGCACUAACAGCGCCACCGAGAUUCCCGAAUUCCCAAUUUCACCUGUAAUUGUAUUAGAACUGCUCCUGGCUGUGAAUAAAAUAAAUUGCAAUAAAAUUUUAACUCUUUUCAGACCUUGGAUCCAUUGUUUACUAAAUGUGUGGUCUAAUCUUCUUGGAAUUUUUAGUGUUCAUCUGAGAAAUGGGACGGCGAGCUGCCCCAAGCCUUUCUGGGGAAGACCUCCAGGCGCGCGGACGCAACAGCCGAGAACAUUAGGUGUUGUGGACAGGAGCUGGGACCAGGAUCUUCGGCCAGCCCCGCAACCUCCCGCAUCUCCCAGCGCCGUCCCGCACCCUCCGCACCCUUCCCCGGGCCACCACGUUUCCUAUGUGACCCGCCUGGGCAACGCCGAGUCAAGUCGCGUAGGGCAGCGGUGA